UCUGGAGAGAUCAAGGGCGAGGCCAGCUGGGCUGCUGUGAUGUCAACAUCCCUGUCAACUGGGAUCUCCCUGCCUCUUUCACGUGACCCCUGAAGGAGGAAACAGACAUAUAAGAGCACAAGGAGUGCCCAGAGAAAGCAAACAUAUAACACUUUCUCCUCUCAACGCUGCCAAGGAGAGAGAAGGGAUUAGUGUGCGGUGCAACAUGGACCUCCUUUCCUUCCUUUCCCCCCAAACUUGGGUGUUUGUGGGGCUCUUCUUGGUCCUCCUGAUGCUCUAUGGGAUCUGGCCCUACAAUUUCUUCAAGAAGCUGGGCAUUCCUGGUCCGAAGCCUUUGCCUUUUGUCGGCACAUUCCUUGAAUAUCGGAAGGGGAUCCUUGAUUUCGACGAGAUGUGUCACAAGAAGUAUGGCAAGAUCUGGGGAUUUUUUGAUGGCCGGCUACCAGUGCUGGCUAUCCUGGACCCUGUCAUCAUUAAAACCAUCCUGGUGAAAGAAUGCUACACCCAUUUCACCAACCGCCGGGACUUUGGCCUGAACGGUGACUUUGAUUCUUCCAUAUUGAUAGUUCAAGAUGAACAGUGGAAGAGGAUUCGCACGGUUCUCUCUCCCAACUUCACCAGCGGGAGACUCAAAGAAAUGUUUCCCAUUAUCAAACAUUAUGGGGAGAUGUUGGUGAAGAACGUCCAGAAGAAAGUGGAAAAUGGGGAAAACAUAGACACAAAGAAUAUCUUUGGGGCCUACAGUAUGGACGUGAUCACCAGCACUUCCUUCAGCAUCAACAUCGACUCCAUAAACAACCCCAACGACCCUUUUGUCACAAACAUGAAGAAGUUAAUCAAGUUCAACUUUGUGAAUCCACUGAUAGUCCUCAUUGUCAUCUUUCCAUUUCUCAUACCGGUGCUGGAGGCAUUUAAUUUCAGCUUGACACCUGCUUCCAUCACAAACUACAUUAAGGAGUCCAUCAAGAAACUCAAGAAGGACCGACAAAAGAACCUUCAUAAGGACCGGGUUGACUUUCUGCAGCUCAUGGUAGACUCCCAAAUAUCAGGUGACAUCAUCGAUGACUCAAAAUCAUAUAAAGCUCUCAAUGAUAAAGAGAUUUUGACACAGGCCUUUAUCUUUGUCUUUGCUGGUUACGAGACCACCAGCAGUACCCUCAGCUACAUGGCUUAUUGCCUGGCCACCCACCCAGAUGUGCAGCAGAAGCUUCAGGAGGAAAUCGAUGAAGCCCUUCCCAACCAGGCGACUCCGGUCUAUGACACUCUCCUUAAAAUGGAGUAUCUUGACAUGGUGAUCAAUGAAACCUUGAGACUCUACCCCAUCGGAGGACGGAUUGAAAGGGUUUGCAAAAACACCGUGGAGAUCAAUGGAGUGACCAUCCCAAAGGGCACUGUUACCAUUAUUCCGGCAUUUGUCCUCCACCGGGAUCCAGAGUUUUGGCCGGAACCAGAAGAAUUCAGGCCGGAGAGGUUUAGUAAAGAGAAUAAGGAAACCCUUGACCCGUACACCUUCCUGCCUUUUGGAGCGGGUCCCAGGAACUGCAUCGGGAUGCGUUUUGCUCUUCUCUCCUUGAAAGUCGCCAUGACCGUCCUGCUGCAGAGAUUCUCCUUUAGAACCUGCGAAGAGACCCCGAUCCCUUUGGAACUGCAGAGCCAGGGUUUCAUGGCACCGAAAAAACCCAUCCGACUGAAGUUCGUUCCCAGAGUUACGGCUGAGUCCAAGGAAUGAAAAUCAAUAUAUCCAAGAGUUGUUGAGACCCUCCUCUCGUCUGCGUCACAUGGAAAAUGAAAUGAGCCGAUUGACGAUUGUAUUGGGGAAAGAACGUGUAUGAAUGGAUCCAUUCACUGACUUCAAUGGAGAGAACGUAUAGAAGGCUUGCAGCUUUUUGUCUCCUCCCCUCACCUGCCUCCUUCCCUUCUUGUCUUUUGUGUGUUGUUGCACCUCAGGUCGCCUUCUGUGUUCAUAAUACACUCCUUUGCGGCCCAUCUGA